GAGACUCCGCCCAUCCUCAUUGACGGCAAAAUGGCGACGGAUAACUGUGAUGCCGUGAACAUGGACCCUGACAUGGAACUGCUCAGUGACGAGGAAUUAGAAAGGGAAGCAGAGGGCUUCAAAGAGCAAGGCAAUGCCUUUUAUAUCAAGAAGGAUUACGCAGAGGCUUUCAACUAUUACACCAAGGCAAUUGAUAUGUGCCCAAAGAACGCAAGUUACUACGGAAACCGGGCGGCCACACUAAUGAUGCUGUGUAGGUACAGAGAGGCUUUAGAGGAUUCCCAGCAAGCAGUGCGACUAGACCACACUUUUAUGAAGGGACAUCUGCGUGAGGGGAAGUGCCACCUGUCACUCGGGAAUGCUAUGGCUGCCAGCCGAUGUUUCCAGAGGGUUCUGGAGCUGGAGCCAGAUAACAGCCAGGCACAGCAGGAGCUAAAGAAUGCAGAAUCCAUCCUUGAAUACGAACGAAUGGCAGAGAUUGGAUUUGAGAAGAGAGACUUCAGGAUGGUUGUCUUUUGCAUGGACCGUGCCUUGGAGGCUGCCUCAGCUUGUCACAAGUUCAAGAUAUUGAAGGCAGAAUGUUUAGCCCUCCUAGGACGAUACCCAGAGGCACAGUCUGUAGCCAGUGAUAUUUUGCGAAUGGACUCCACUAACGCAGAUGCUCUGUAUGUGCGUGGUCUCUGUCUGUACUAUGAGGACUGCAUCGAUAAGGCUGUCCAGUUCUUUGUCCAGGCUCUGCGUAUGGCUCCUGAUCACGACAAGGCUCGGCUUGCUUGUAGAAAUGCCAAAGCACUAAAAGCCAAGAAGGAGGAAGGGAAUAAGACAUUUAAGGAGGGAAACUUUGAGGCGGCCUAUGAGCUGUACUCUGAGGCUCUAACAAUAGAUCCUAAUAACAUCAAGACUAAUGCCAAGCUGUACUGUAAUAGAGCCACUGUUGGAUCAAAGCUGAAGAAACUAGAACAGGCAAUUGAAGACUGCACAAAGGCCAUUAAACUGGAUGAGACCUACAUCAAGGCCUAUUUAAGGAGAGCACAAUGUUACAUGGACACAGAGCAGUAUGAAGAGGCAGUGAGGGACUAUGAGAAGGUUUACCAGACAGAAAAGACAAAAGAACACAAACACCUUCUCAAAACUGCUCAGCUGGAGUUGAAGAAAAGCAAGCGAAAAGAUUACUACAAGGUUCUCGGGAUUGAUAAGAACGCCACAGAGGAUGAGAUCAAGAAAGCGUACCGCAAACGGGCACUUUUACAUCAUCCAGACCGUCACAGUGGAGCCAGUCCUGAGGUUCAGAAGGAAGAAGAGAAAAAGUUUAAGGAAGUGGGUGAGGCUUUCAGCGUGCUUUCAGACCCAAAGAAGAAGUCUCGCUAUGACAGCGGACAGGAUCUUGAGGAUGAUGGCAUGAACAUGGGAGAUUUUGAUGCCAACAACAUAUUCAAAGCAUUCUUUGGAGGUCCAGGUGGUUUUAGUUUUGAAGCCUCUGGACCUGGAAAUUUCUUCUUCCAGUUUGGUUAAAUGGUGGGCACAUCUACCUAAAUCAUUGCUACAUCAGGACUUUUCAACAAUGUCAACCCCUCAACCCACCAUCUGUAUUUAAUGACUGACUGAUACAAGUCAGAUUCUUGUCUAUGCCAUUGACUGAAUGAAUGCAACCCAAUGACCACAAACAGCGAAUGAUUUAAAGUCGGUCACAGCAAGGACGCCAAGAUGGUUCAGACUGAUUAGCGUUACUGGUUUUGGAUUUUGUUUUUCUCCCUCCAGAAUGAAACAAAAAUGAAAAUCAGAAAUGCUAUCAACACUGGUCCAAAUGUUCUCUGAAUUUUUGAUAUAGGAGAAAAUUGUGCAGCUAUUGUAUCAGAGCUUUUAGGGAUCCGUGCAGGAAGUGCCAUCCUGGGGAAACUCUUGAGAUGCUGCUGUGCAUUAAGCAAGCUUUCUAUCCUGCUUGUUCUUAGUGCUGAGAAAAUAUUCUCUGCUUGACAGGUAGUAGCUUGAUUAGUGGUUUCUGAGGAAGAUCACUGAGCAAGCGGCUCCUCCCCCUUUUUUUUUGGAGAAUCCAUCAAACAAUGGGCUGCUAUGAAUUCACACUGAAAACUGCCUCCUUGUCAUAGCCAGUGGGAGCGCUCAGUCAUUUUUUUUUUUUUUUUUUUUUUUUUUUUUUGUAAAGGCGAUAACAGCUGGAACCUAGACCUACACAUACAGCACAGCCAGAUCACGCUAAGAAGAUGGCAGCAGACAGCUGUGCUGCCUUUGUUGCCAGUAAAGUCACACUCCCUUUUGUUGUCACCGGUUUUAUGUUUGAUGUUGCCAUUCACUGAUUGCUGCAUUGUACAUUUUACUGGAAUGUAAAGUGUUGGUUUGUGAUAUUUUCCUUUUUUUAAUUUUCAUAUGUAUAUUUAUUGUAAGUUUGCUGUCUUAUAAAACAUUCAGUUUAAGAUGAAGGCACUCUUCUGUUUAAAAAAAAACAAAACAUUUUUGACUUAAAGUGCUGAAAGGUAAUCGAUUUGCUACAUCUGCAUGAAGUGUUGUGCUUAAGUGAAUUAGGCUGCUUAUGUCACCUGACUGAUUACAGUCCUCAAGAGUGUCCUCAUCUUUGCUCAGUUUUUGCUCUUUCUGGUGAAACCACCCUCUUUUAUCCUUGAAAAGUACCAACUGUGUCAAUAAAGUUGGCAUUCUCUAGGUUUCCCCUUCA